AUGGAAAGAAGUAGCGAUGACAUAAUUGUAUCCCUUCUUGUAUCAGUCUUGCUUGACAAAUUAUCUUCACAAGCAUUAAAGGAUUUUGGAUCUGUAUGGUGCGUGCAAAGUGCUUUACGUGAACUCUCAGAUGUUCUUGGAAAUAUUCAACAACUGCUCAAGUUUGCAGAGCAAGCUCAAACAAAUAAUCUCUUGGUGAAACGCUGCCUCAGGAAUCUCAGAGAUGUUGCUUACCAAGCUCAGGACAUAAUGGAUGAGUUCAUUUAUGAAGCUCUCAAACUAGUGGAGAUUGAGAAGAAACUUGAAGAUCACUAUCUCAGAGAGUCAGCAAAUUGGAAAUCACAUGGUGUAAAUGAUGAAAUAGAUUCUAGGCCAAAGAGUGGUUCUCUAGUUGAUGAGUCUUUUACUUUUGGGAGGAAGAAAGAGCAAGAUGAAAUUAAAAAGUUGUUGUUGUCAUAUCCAGAAAGUCAAAAACAGGUUUCUGUAAUUGCCAUUGUUGGAUUGGGGGCUGUAGGCAAGACUACUCUAGCCCAGCUUGUCUAUAAUGAUCCUGAUGUAGAGAAACAUUUUGAAAGCAGAGCUUGGGCUUGCGUGUCUACUGAUUUUAAUGUUGUGAGAUUGACCUCUGCAAUUCUAGAGUCCUUGAUUGGGAGAAAUCCUAAAUUGAGCAACCAAGAACCACUUCAACGUAAGUUGAGAGAGGAAUUAAGGGGGAAGCGAUUUUUAAUCGUCUUAGAUGAUGUUUGGACUGAAAAGGAUAACGAUUGGAAAGAUCUGACAGUAGCAUUCAUGGCGGCAGGUGAAGGAAGUAGAAUAAUAGUAACUACUCGAAGUAGGAGAGUUUCUUCAAUAAUGCAUCCCAUGUAUACCCAUGAUCUACAGAUUUUAACUGAUGAAGAGUGUUGGUCAAUAAUGGAAAGGGGCAUAUCUAUGGAUUAUGAUUCUAUUGCUCCCAAUCUGGAAAAAGUGGGUAGGAACAUUGCAAAGAAGUGCAAAGGAUUGCCCUUGGCAGCAAGUACCCUUGCAGGCCUUUUAAGCUCUAGUUCAGAUUUAAACCAUUGGCAACAAGUGUUGAAUAGUUCCUUGUGGGACUUAUUAGAAGAGAGUAAUUUGCCAACUGCUCUAAGUCUAAGCUACUAUUUUCUUCCCACAUAUUUGAAGCAGUGUUUUGUUUAUUGUUCUUUAUUUCCUAAAGAUUAUAAAUUCAAUAAACAACAUCUCAUCCAAAUAGCAGAAGGAUUUAUUAGAUCAAACACUACAAGAAUGGAAGAAAAAGGUAGUCAAUAUUUUGAUGAUUUGCUGCAUAGGUCUUUCUUCCAGCAUUGCCAUAGAGAUUACACAUUUGUAAUGCAUGACCUUGUACAUGAUUUAGCAAAAGCAGUGUCAGGAGAGGUGUAUGGUAGAUUUGAGUUUGGGGAAUCAUGCCAUAGCUCUUCUAAAGAGACCCGUUAUUUGUCCAUUUGUUGUACGAAACACAUGUUUGAUCUGGAAAAAAAUCAAGGUCAUGACAAGAGGUUAUCCACAUUGAUCACCCUGAAGGGGUAUGGUUGUUAUUUGCACAAUGAUAACACUACUGAAUCCUUCGAAGGACUGAGAUACCUUCGUGUCUUAGAUUUGUGUCAUUCUUGUAUUUGUAUGCUUCCCAAUGAUAAAGGCAACUUGAAAUACCUACACUAUAUUAACCUCUCUUAUGUGUCAGACAUUAAACGAUUACCUGAGUCAUUGUGUGAUCUUCACAAUCUACAGUCACUGAUACUCCGUGAUUCGGGAAUAUGA